GUCUGCAGCAUCAUGAGGUCUCUAUUGCGCGUAACCCAGAAUGUGCUGCGCGCCAGUGAGCGCGCCUACACCAACGCAGCAAAUCCUGACAGGAAGGUGGCUAUUCUUGGCGCUGCUGGUGGGAUCGGGCAACCUUUGAGUCUGCUCAUGAAGAUGAACCCCUACGUCAGCGAUCUGGCCCUGUACGAUAUCCAGGGAACUCCUGGUGUGGCAGCGGACAUUAGUCACAUCAACUCCAAAGCAAAGACAAAGGGCUAUGCUGGCGCGGAGCAGCUUGGGGAAGCGUUGAAGGGCGCUGAUGUCGUCAUCAUCCCUGCCGGUGUCCCAAGAAAGCCCGGCAUGACUCGUGAUGACCUGUUCAAGACCAAUGCAGGCAUCGUGAAGGAUCUGAUCACCGCUGUUGCCCAGCACGCUCCCACGGCCAUCCUGAACAUCAUUUCCAACCCGGUCAACUCCACAGUCCCCAUCGCUGCUGAGGUGCUCAAGGCAGCGGGUGUCUACGACCCCAGGAGGCUCUUCGGCGUCACCACCCUUGACGUUGUGCGUGCGCGCACCUUCUACGCGGAGAAGAAGGGCCUGCCGGUGGCUGACGUGGAGGUGCCGGUGGUGGGCGGCCACGCGGGCGUGACCAUUCUGCCGUUUUUCAGCCAGGCCACGCCCUUCCAGGACCUGGCCCAGGAGGAGCUGGUGGCCCUCACCAAACGCACCCAGGACGGCGGCACCGAGGUCGUGCAGGCCAAGGCCGGCAAGGGGUCAGCCACUCUGUCCAUGGCAUACGCUGGCGCGCUGUUUGCUGACGCGUGCUUGCGCGGCCUGAACGGCGAGUCGGACGUUGAGGAGUACACCUUCGUCGAGUCCAACAUCGUCCCGGAGCUCACCUUCUUCUCCUCCAAGGUCAAGCUGGGUCCCAACGGUAUCGAGAAGGUGAUGGGUUUGGGAGAGCUGACAGAGUUUGAGGAGGCUGGCCUCAAGGACGCCAUCCCCGAGCUCAAGGCAUCCAUUGCCAAGGGCGUCGAGUUUGCCCACAGCAACUAGAACGGCCUCAGCAGUUCUAGCUUCUGCAUCAAAGCUGCACAGGACGUAAAUUUUGAAUUGUAAUUGGGUCCGGGUUUGGGGUGUGUUCAGCAUAAAGUACAGCUUAGGGUCGGCAGGGAGGCUCAUGGUGAGCCACUGCUAUAAGGUUAGGGAUGUGCAUAGGAAGCCCUGAAUCGGGCUAUUAUGCACAGGUCACUCUGUGAAGGUGGUCAACCAGUGUCUUUAGGUGUUGUGUGAACAUGCAUCCUAAGUGCAACUCAUGACUUGAACUGGACGCCUGGCAAAAGCAGUAGUGCUUCUUGAGCAUUGAACAAAUACAUCUUUAAUUUGUUGCCAUAAGUGCCCAAUCACCAUGGAUCAGCAGCUCAUUCAAUGAAUAACCUGCC